AUGGCACCCCACGGCUGCACCAAUGCGGCCGACCACCGCCACGCUGAGGCGUGCUGCGCUGGAGCCGAUGAGGGCUCUGCCUCAAUUGCGCUCCUUUCGAGCUACUUCCAUCCGUGCACCAUCAGCUUUGCACAGCUGGCGCAGCGGCAGCCCGCCGGCGGGAGCCUCGCCGCCGCGCCCGCCUGGCUGUGGCAGCUGCAGGCAGCGGCUGCGCUGCACGGCUCUCGCAGCGCGGCCGCCAUCAGCGAUCCGCUCACAGGCAUCACCAAAUGGCUGGCGCAGCGCAUGCCCACCGCCCUGGGCGGCAUAGGCGAGGGAGACCUGGACCUUGAGACCUUUGCCUCAACCAUCACCAACGCGCGGCGUAUGGGCGGCCUCACCGGGUUCAUGCACGGCACCGCCGCCGUCAAGGACAGCUCGGCGCAGGGGGCGAUGCGCAUGUUUGAGCAAAUCAUCGGCGCCAUGUGGCCCGAGGAGAAGCGCGACCUUGCGCUGUUUGACGGCGCGGCGCGGAAGCGGGUGGCGGCGGACGUGGGGUGCACCACCGGCCAGGUGGACGACUGCAUCGCGCGCUUCCUGUGGACGCGCCAGAUGACGAGGCGGCUGGCGGAGCUGAAGAAGGAGGGCAAGGAGCUGCCCACCAGCAUGGAUGCGCUGGAGCAGCAGCUGGGCACGUGGCGGCAGUACAAGAGCGAGCACGAGAACGCAGACGGCAGUAGCAGCGCGGCGGUGCCGCUGGGCCACCUGGGCCACAAGGGGCGGCCGUGCCCGCUGGCGGGGGUGCCUGUCGGGCGCAACACCAAGUGCCCCGCCACCAAGAAGUCGUUCAAGGUGUGCUGCGGCAAGACGCUGCAGCUGGGAUGA